UAUGGAAAUUACAUGAUUAAGAAGGUCUGUUAGGUAUUAUAUCUUGAACCCUAAUGUGCUUAUCACUCAACUAAGUAUAAAAGAGUAUGUUUUGUGAGAAAAUAUUUAGUUUGUUGAAAUGCAUUGCCCAGAGCAGUAUAUCAAAGAUAAUGGUAUGCAACGGAGGGAUGCCAGAGAUAUCUCAAAUAUAUAUAUAGAAAAAAUGGUAUGGAAAUCUAAUGAAAUAGUUUUAGACUUAGGAUGUGGACCAGGUGAUGUUACCUCAGAUAUUCUUUAUCCUUUUUUAAAGAAUAAAAUCAAUCAGUUGGUUGGUGUUGAUAAAUCAAUUGAAAUGGUAGAAUUUGCAAAAAAAAACUAUGGAUGCUCCAAGAUGGAUUUCAAAGUUCUGGAUAUAGAAAAUGCCCAUGACUGCUCUUUUUAUUCACACACAUUUAAUAAAAUAUUUUCAUUUUUCUGCUUUCACUGGGUUCAUAAUAAAGUUGAUUCCUUGCUGAAUAUGCACUUAAUGUUGAAAAGUGGUGGAGAAAUUCUGGUUAACUUCAUGUUAAUUAAUCCAUUGGUUGAAUUGUAUAAAUGUAUGGAUACAGAAUGGCAAAUAUAUAUUAAAGAUAUAAAGCAGAUGUCACAAAAUGUGUAUUCACAAGAUGAAAUAAGAGACAUUUUCACCAAGGCUGGAUUUCGAAUUAUUAAUUUAGAAUCAAGUAUCAAAAAAUAUACAUUUCCAGACUUCCCAUCUCUUUUAAGUGCCGUUAAAGCAGUAGAUGUUAUGUACAAUAUUUUGCCACAACAUUUGCAUGAUAGAUACUCCAUGCAUGUUAAAGAUAAAAUAUGUGAGCGACAAAUGGUUCAAAUAUGCCCCAUUACAGGAAAAAUAAUCAAGGCAUAUCUUCCUAUUACUGUGCAUGCUGUCAAAGAUUAAAAUUUUAAAUAAUUAAGUUAUAAUCCUCUAUUUACAUUAAGAGUUCUUCUUGGGUGUGCGUUUUUACAAUAGUCGGCAUCAUUGGGUGGUCCUAUCACUGCAUAACAAUCACAUUUUGUGACUAGUUGAGUAUAAUUGUCUUACUGAACUAAAAGAAAAUCGGGCACUGCCAAGAAAUAUUCUUAAUGUCUAUUGACUACAUAUUAUAUAAGAAACAUACAAAUGUAAUUGUUAGUUAGACUACAUAAUACUUAAAGGAAUAUUUAUUUUUAACUGUUUUUAAAUAUAAAUAUUAAUUAAAUAAGUUA